UUGAUUAUUACAUUCCAAAAGAACAUUCAAUCCCUACAAAAUAAAAUUAAAAUAUAAACAAGAGAAAAUCAAAGUCAUUGGAUGAUGUUUCGCAGCAUUGAUUAUCAUUGUCAAAUCCAGUAUCAACGACGAUGGAUGCAACAUAAUCCGAUACAAGCGUGAUUAUUUUGCAAAUCCAAACAACAUCAAGCAAUGAGGCGUCCGAAUAAGAACGAUGGUCGCUUUCGUUGAAAUUUUGAAAUUUUGAGUUUUGAAAAGAAAAAAAAAAUUGAGAUUUUCCAUAAUAUUAUGUCGGAUUUGGUGGCCCGUACAGGUCGGCUUCAGCAAAGGUACGAGGCCGGUUGUCGUCUUGUUGCUGGAUGUAUUCCUUUUAGGUAUACAAGUUCAGAUGAGACAGAUGAUGUAAAUUCUGAAAGGGCAGUUGAGGUACUGAUGAUUAACUCAACUAGCGGACAUGGUCUUUUGUUUCCAAAGGGAGGAUGGGAGAAUGAUGAAACUGUGGAGGAGGCUGCAGUGAGGGAAGCCAUUGAAGAAGCUGGAGUCAGAGGGGAUUUAAUGGAGUUCAUAGGAUACUAUGAUUUUAAGAGCAAAACCCAUCAAGAUGAAUUCAGCCCAGAGGGAUUAUGUAAAGCAGCAAUGUUUGCUUUGUUGGUGAAGGAGGAAUUAGAUUCAUGGCCAGAACAAAGCACACGUACAAGAAGUUGGCUAACUAUACCAGAAGCACUUGAGAGUUGCAGGUAUGCAUGGAUGAAACAAGCCUUAGAGGAUGGCUUCUGUAAGUGGCUUGCACAAAAAGACUGACUGCAUAAACCAAAUCAUAUGCCCACUUUGUUUCUAGGCUUUAUAUUUUUUUAAUAGAUGUUGG